UAUUUACGCGUCACCACAGAGCGGCAGAGCUGUGGUGUGAGUCAGUCGUGGUAAGAACCUGUUCUUCUUCUGCCGCCUGAGGCAGACAGUCAAGCGUGACUAUGUGACACCACCACACAAGGCACCAUUCUGUGUCCCCGACUUGGAGAGUCAUACAGUGUAUUCACCAUGAGGAGAACGUAUCUCAGUUGUUUCAUGUUUCUUGUGUUCCUUGUCCAACUCCCAGAGAACGCAGCCGGCGCCAAGUGCUAUGCAUGCAGCUACAUUUUUGCCGGCCACGACGGGGUCUUCGGCUACAGCUGCGUGAACGACACGAGCAACUUCGAAAGCACCUCUCAGAUUGAGUGUGAGCUGCCACGGAAAUGUAUCAUCAAGGCUGUUUAUGAUAGAAACGUCCAGCGCCUGUUAUCAAUGGACAAGGGGUGCCAGGUCCCACAAGGGGAGACAGGGUGUGACGCGCCGGACGGCAUCAGACCAGUCUGCUAUUAUAACUGUGACACUGACCUAUGUAACUUCUUCGACGGAAACCUCGCCUUUGUAAACAUGCCUCUACCGGGGAAAGCAGCCCCGACAUCGUCGUCAGGUCUCUACGACACUUUGAUGAUGGCUGUGCUGGCAGCAUACACAUCCGUAUAGCCUCAAGGUCAUCCGUCACCACCCGUCACCAUCAUCGCUAACCAGAAUCAACUGAAUGGAUAGAUGCUUCUCUAUAGAAGUUAAAGAACAUUCGAUUCUUUUAUAUUAAUAUGGUUAAAUUGUCAUGACAUGACUGAUUAGCUACAGUAACAUGAAGGAAUCGGUGUUCUUUAACUUCUUUAGAGUAGGAUAUAUUGAAACAUCUUUAAGGGGUAACACGUGACGAGCUGAACAGUUCACGUUACUAGACACUCAAUGCACCAGUACUGAUACUUCCGGUCAACAAUGAUCAACUUACUCUGGUGCUGAUUCAUGCACAUUAUGGAUAUUAUAGUCGACGCUACUUACGUCACACACAUCUGGAGACAAGGAGACAAUUAUAACACUGUAUAGUAACUGACGCUUGUUCAAUGUUGUAACAGGGUGGGGGAACAGCACGAUUAGGGGAACAGCACGUGUAGGGGAACAGCGAGUGUAGGGGAACAGCACGUGUAGGGGAACAGCGAGUGUAGGGGAACAGCGCGAGUAGGGGAACAGCGCGUGUAGGGGAACAGCACGUGUAGGGGACAGCGCGUGUAGGGGAACAGCGAGUGUAGGGGAACAGCGCGAGUAGGGGAACAGCGCGUGUAGGGGAACAGCACGUGUAGGGGAACAGCACGAUUAGGGGAACAGCACGUGUAGGUGAACAGCGCGUGUAGGGGAACAGCACUUGUAGGGGAACAGCGCGUGUAGGGGAACAGCGCGAGUAGGGGAACAGCACGAAUAGGGGAACAGCGCGUGUAGGGUAACAACACGUGUAGGGGAACAGCACGUGUAGGGGAACAGCGCGUGUAGGGGAACAGAACGUGUAGGGGAACAGCGCGUGUAGGGGAACAGCGCGAGUAGGGGAACAGCACGAAUAGGGGAACAACGCGUGUAGGGUAACAGCACGUGUAGGGGAACAGCACGUGUAGAGGAACAGCGCGAGUAGGGGAACAGCGCGUGUAGGGGAACAGCACGUGUAGGGGAACAGCACGAUUAGGGGAACAGCGCGUGUAGGGGAACAGCGCGAGUAGGGUAACAGCACGUGUAGGGGAACAGCGCGUGUAGGGGAACAGCACGUGUAGGGGAACAGCACGUGUAGGGGAACAGUACGUGUAGGGGAACAGCGCGAGUAGGGGAACAGCACGUGUAGGGGAACAGCGCGUCUAGGGGAACAGCACGUGUAGGGGAACAGCACGUGUAGGGGAACAGCACGAUUAGGGGAACAGCGCGAGUAGGGUAACAGCGCGAGUAGGGGAUCAGCACGUGUAGGAGAACAGCACGAGUAGGGGAGUCACGAGUCACCUUAUAUCGGGAUAUAUCGAGGCCGUUCAGGUUAAGUCAACUACAGCGGCUUUAUACUUGACAUAGUUACAUUCCUAAUUACUGUUUAUCCAGUGUAAGACAUUAUAUUGCCAUGGAUUCUGUCAACUGGUAAUGUGAAACAUCCGUUGUGAAUUAACACAGGAAGCAUAGACGCGUAGAUUCAGAUUACAUUUUAAAUAACGAUCUCGUUGAACAUAUAAAACUGGGGCAUUGACAGCUGCAUGUGCAGCGGAACCCCGUUAAACCGCACGAUAACGUCGUCCGGAUGAGUACAGAUUGCUAUUAGGAUAUGUAGAAGAUGUGGAAGGUGUCUGGAUUAACGAGAUUACCAUUCAAACGGCAUGUCAGCAGCGGACGUGGUAUGAUGUGAAAACAGUGUGACAGUCUCACGGCAUGUCAGCAGCGGACGUGGUAUGACGUGAAGACAGUGUGACAGUCUCACGGCAUGUCAGCAGCGGACGUGGUAUGAUGUGAAAACAGUGUGACAGUCUCACGGCAUGUCAGCAGCGGACGUGGUAUGAUGUGAAAACAGUGUGACAGUCUCACGGCAUGUCAGCAGCGGACGUGGUAUGAUGUGAAAACAGUGUGACAGUCUCACGGCAUGUCAGCAGCGGACGUGGUGUGAUGUGAAGACAGUUUGACAGUCUCACGGCAUGUCUACACAACGGACCCGGUAUGAUGUGAAGACAGUGUGACAGUAUCAGUACCUGCCCGUGUACCUGUGCAGGUAAACACUGACUGCACCACUUACUGCAUAAUACGGACACUUCUUGUAUAAAACUGUUUUUUUGUUUGAAUA